AAACGUCAACUGAGACGAAGGAAAGAAGAAAAGCGUCGUUGUCGUCAAAACAGAAUUUCGUAAAUAAAUACAUUUUAUUACAAUUGGCGCAGGAAUCCAAAUUGUGAUGGCUCAAUCACAAUUUUCUCUAUUAUGGAAUGCGCACAAGAAGAAUAUAUGUCAUGGAUUAAGCUCUUUGCAACAGAAUGGUGAGUUUGUGGACAUGACCAUCGCUGCAGACGGUCAUCUAGUGAAGGUGCACCAAGUGAUCAUCGCGCUGGCUAGCCCGUAUAUUAAAGAACUGAUCUCUUCGGCUCAAUGUCCUCAUCCUGUGAUAUUCUUGAAUAAAAUAUCUUACACAACAUUAUGUGCUCUAUUAGAAUAUGUUUACACUGGUGAAGUAUUAGUCUCCAUAGAGAAUUUGAAUGAACUUUUAGAAGCUGGUAAAGAACUCCAUAUAAAAGGCCUUGAAGAUAUGAAAAUAAGUGAAUCAAUGAGUACAAACCAACAAGUAACUUACAAUGAGACUGAAAUGGACUGCAACAUGGAGAGUCUUGACGAAGAGAUCAGUUAUUUUGAAGUGACCAGUGCCAAAGACAAUGAUGUUGAUGAUCCUAAAUACACCAUUAAUGAUAAUAUUAUUGUUGAGGUUGAAGGUCCAAACAUAUUAAGUACAACAUCAAUAAACGAGGAUCAAUAUGAAGAUGAGCAAGAUGAAGAGGAACAUAGAUCACAUGAAAUCAAAGGGUUGACGGACAAGACAGACAGUAAAAACGGUACUGAACCAUCUAAUCUCAGCGUAAUGCAGUUUACGGUAUCGAACCAGGGCUCGCUCCAGAUGAUUCUGAACCGCUACGUGUACUAUCUGAAGCAUACGAAUAGGAACAAUACGCGACAAUGGCGAUGCGUCGACUAUCUCAACAGCGUUAAAUGUCCCGCGCAUGUGUUCACCAAAGAUGAUGUUGUUGUACAAAGGAUAUCGGCUCAUGUACAUCCGUUCCACGACAAAAGAAUAUUGAAGAAGGUGAAAGCGGGCGCCGUAUUCUCAGCGAUACACGAGGCCGAACAACAACGGAAGAACAAGAGAGAAGAAAACGCCAAUAGUGAUUGAAUUAAACUGUUAUUUUAUA